UACGCCCAUGCACAAACACCAAGGGGCUGUGCGCGCAACAAGAUGAGAAGUUUCUCUCAGAAACACACAUCUCCAUAGCAUGCGCACUUCUACUUAGGAAAACUUUAAACGGUAUUACAAAUAUUGACGGCGAGUUUAAGCGCAACAACAUGGGGAGAGUGAACGUCUGUUUGAAGCGAAGUUACAUUAUAGUGAUAAGUUUGAUCGCGGUUGGCAGUGUUUUGCUGUUGGGAUGCACUCUGUUCAACCACGGAUACUACUACCAAAAUGAAGAGAUGGAAGAGGCGUUUCUUACAGGCAUUCAUGCCUUGUAUAUUAUUUCCACCAUAACUCUGGCCUUGACCAUCAUUGGUGUGUAUGGUGCCUGCAAAGAGAAGAAGUGGGCGCUUAUAACGUUUGCAGUUGGAAUGAUCCUGGGCAGUCUGUUCAUGAUUUUCAUAGAAGUUGUCGGACUGGCUGUGCGACCAGAGAUGGCUGAAGGACUAAAGAGCCAAUACCUACAUAUGCUGCCGCUAAAUAAUGCUAGUGAGAGCUUUAUAGACAACAUGAAUGAAAUACAGAGGCAUUUGCAGUGUUGUGGAUUGGAUCAGGGCUACCUGGAUUGGGACUACCACAUCCCAGAAUCCUGCCUAUGUGAUGAAGAGUCCACUAAUCCAUGUGUGGCAGCUCCUAGAGACAGCAGUCUGUUUGAGCACAUGGUCAAUGAUCAGCCCAUCAUGAUUUAUAAUGAGCCAUGCAUUCCAUUCUUGAUUGAACAUGGAAUGAAGAGCAUACAUACUGUAUGUGGCAUAUUUCUGGGAAUCACAUUAUUCUGGAUUUUGUCAGUGGUGUUGUGCAUCUUCAUCUUAUGUCGGUUGAGUAAGAAGGAAGAUAUCCCUGUAGUGGUCUACAGUCCAGAGGCUAAAGCAGGCAACUACACCACUUUGACAGACGCUGCAGAGUACACCUGAUUGGGAUUGGUACAAUACAUUGUGUUUUUAUGAUGUUUGAAUAUAUCAGAAGUUGCUUCCAACAACUGAAGUUGCAUAUUGUUUUUCUUAAAUGAUUUGUUUGGGUAGUAUGUAUUUGUUUUGGUUUUGCCAUUUAAACCAUUAAACCUUUAUUCAUUUUUGUAUCCCGGAAGAUGCAUGUUUUUACAAUGGUAAAGUUAUGGGCUAUGGUCAGAAACAGCACAUACUGUACUGUGAAUAAGUAUUUUCUUUGUUUUAAAUAAAUUAGAUGAAAACUAAGAUACAUACACGGCAUAUUAAGUCUGAGACCUACACCCUUCUGCUACAUAAGAUAUACAGUAAUACUGUAGCGCAUCUCUUUCCACUGUUUUUAAUGGACAUUAAAUGUGUGUGCUAAGCAAUAAAUACAUAAACUUUUAGAGUGGUAUUUUCAUCCCAGAUUAGAAUCAUAAUGUAAGACCUUUUUAAGCCAAGAAGUAAGCAGGAAACUGAAGCGUAUUGUAAGAGGUGGAAAUAGAGUAAAUUCAAUUGAGAUGGUUAAAGAAAAUGUUUUUUUUUUUUUAUAGCACUGAUGAAGAUAUGACUGCAGAAAUAUUUAGGUUAUGAAAAACCUAAAUAUUCCAAACGCUCUACUUCUGGGAUUGCUCCGUUGCCUUCGGAAAUUCCGCCAAAUUUAACUCUUUUCAGCCGGAUGUCCGUUACCUUCCAUUUAGUUUGUGUUGGAAUUUUAAACUCUGGUGGAUUUAUGAGGACUAUGGUUAACUGCUCCUCAGAUCUCUGCAGGGUAAAUCCAGACAGCUAGCUAGAUUAUCUGUCCAAUCUGAGUUUUCUGAUGCACGACCAAGAACAUACACAUGUUCCACCAAAACAAGUUUCUUCCCAGGGCUGUUUUUAUAUUUGCAUUGUCAAAACUCUAAAUACAAUCCUCACACCACGUGGUACAUUCAGCACACCACUCUAAGUGACCUGCAAAAGGUGAUUACUCAAUCAAAAGAAUAAACUUGUUUUAAAUGUAAAUAAAUCCAUCAAUGAAUAAAUGUGUCAUCACAACAAAA